AUGACCGCCUCUUCGAACCGGGACGGAACCGGACACAUUACCGGGCACGUUCGGAGGACAGCAUGCAGAUGUAUUAGCAGGCAUACCAGGACCUGGCCAAGGAAAGCGGAGGGAAUACGGAUUUUUGAGCUAAUGAAGGCAGGAGUAGCAGCGCACCAUUGGAACCAGGUUCUGUUCUUGUUUAUGGGGCUACUGGCAGCCUCAGCCUCAGCCUCAGCCUCGGUUAAGGCUCAGAACUGCAGUUAUUCUCUCCAGAGCCCCAACGGUACGAUAGAGAGCCCCGGCUACCCGUACGGUUACCCCAACUAUGCCAACUGUACGUGGGUGAUCCUGGCAGCAGAACACAACAGGAUACAGCUGGUGUUCCAAGGUUUCGCUCUAGAGGAAGACUUUGACCUGCUGUCUGUCUACGACGGUCCGCCCAGCCCGGGGAACCUUAGGACCAGGUUGACGGGGUUUCAGCUGCCGUCUCCCAUAGUGAGCACGGGACCCAGCCUCACACUGUGGCUGCUGACAGACUACGCUGUCAGUGGACAAGGCUUCAAGGCCGUCUAUGAAGCUCUACCUAGUUAUACCUGUGGUAACCCAGGCCAGCUGGUCAACGGUCUUCAACAGGGCUCAACCUUUAACAUUGGAGAGAAGAUCAGGUACAGCUGCAGCCCCGGCUACGUGUUGGAGGGUCACACCACGCUGUCCUGUCUGGCUACGUCUGCUGGGACCGCAGCAUGGGACUUCCCCCUGCCCUACUGCAGAGCGGAUGACGGUUGUGGGGGUACGUUGCGAGGCCAGAGCGGUGUGAUCACCAGCCCCAACUACCCAGGGGACUACAGCAACAAUGCAGACUGUACCUGGACCGUCCUGGCUGAGCCUGGAGACACCAUCGCCCUGGUCUUCUCUGACUUUACCCUGGAGGACGACUAUGACCUGCUGGAGGUCAGCGGCACAGACGGCUCCUCUCAGUGGGCGACUGAGAGAAACAAGAUGUUGCAGUUUGAGGCCAUGUGGUGGAGAGUGAAGCAGGAGAUGGAGAUGGAGAUGGAGGUAGACCAGACAAAACAAUGUAGCACAGUACGAAAAGACAUGGAUCAAAUGAAGCGAGUCAAAUCCAGCACAGUGGGGCAGAUGAAGCAAGUCAACUCGAGCACAAUGGGGCAGAUGAAGCAAGUCAAAUCCAGCACAGUGGGGCAGAUGAAGCAAGUCAGAUCCAGCACAGUGGGGCAGAUGAAGCAAGUCAGAUCCAGCACAGUGGGGCAGAUGAAGCAAGUCAGAUCCAGCACAGUGGGGCAGAUGAAGCAAGUCAGAUCCAGCACAGUGGGGCAGAUGAAGCAAGUCAGAUCCAGCACAGUGGGGCAGAUGAAGCAAGUCAGAUCCAGCACAGUGGGGCAGAUGAAGCAAGUUAGAUCCAGCACAGUGGGGCAGAUGAAGCAAGUCAGAUCCAGCACAGUGGGGCAGAUGAAGCACCUCAAAUCCAGCACAGUGGGGCAGAUGAAGCAAGUCAGAUCAAGCACAGUGGGGCAGAUGAAGCAAGUUAGAUCCAGCACAGUGGGGCAGAUGAAGCAAGUCAGAUCCAGCACAGUGGGGCAGAUGAAGCAAGUCAGAUCCAGCACAGUGGGGCAGAUGAAGCAAGUCAAAUCCAGCACAAUGGGGCAGAUGAAGCACCUCAAAUCCAGCACAGUGGGGCAGAUGAAGCAAGUCAGAUCCAGCACAGUGGGGCAGAUGAAGCACCUCAAAUCCAGCACAGUGGGGCAGAUGAAGCACCUCAAAUCCAGCACAGAGGGGCAGAUGAAGCACCUCAAAUCCAGCACAGUGGGGCAGAUGAAGUUCACUGGUCCUAAUCUGCCAUCUCCCGUCCUCAGCAGUAAGAACUGGCUACGACUACACUUUACCUCUGAUGGAAACCACAAGCUGAGGGGCUUCAGUGCCCAGUACCAAGUGAAGAAGAUGACAGAGCUAAAGUCCAGAGGAGUCAAGAUGAUGCCCAGUAAAGACAAUCAUCACAAGAUAUCAGUGUCCCAAUGUGGAGGAAUCCAGGAGGAGAUGGAAGGCAUGAUCCUUAGCCCUGGUUUCCCAGGCAACUACCCUAGCAACAGUGACUGUACCUGGAGAAUCUACCUGCCUGUGGGAUACGGAGCCCAUGUCCAGUUCCUCAACUUCUCCACCGAGGCUAACCAUGACUUUCUGGAGAUCAGGAACGGCCCGCUGGACACCAGCACUGUGAUUGGUCGAUUCAGUGGACAGGAUGUCCCGCCCUCCCUGCUCACCACCUCCCAUGAGACCACAGUGUAUUUCCAUAGCGACCACUCCCAGAACAAGCCAGGCUUCAGGUUUGAGUACCAGGCCUAUGAGCUUAAUGAGUGUCUGGACCCAGAGCCGUUCCGUUACGGCGUGGUGGUGGGGGCAGGCUACAACGUGGGCCAGUCCAUUUCCUUUGAGUGCCUCCCCGGCUACCAGUUAAUGGGACAUUCCAUCCUGACCUGCGAACACGGGACCACACGCAACUGGGACCGCCCCUUCCCUCGCUGUGAAGUGCCUUGUGGGGGUAACAUCAAGUCAGACAACGGAACUAUCUUCUCUCCUGGUUAUCCGGAGGAGUACCCCAGCUCUGCUGACUGUACCUGGCUGAUCACCGUAGCAACAGGCCUGGGUGUCAGACUCAACUUUACCCUACUGCAGGUCCAUGGGCCACAUGACUUCAUCACUGUCUGGGACGGCCCCCAGGAGACAGCCAGGAAGCUAGGUGUGUUUACGGAUGGUGAGCCCAACGAACCCGCAAGCAGCACGUCCAAUCAGAUCCUAGUUCGUUUCCGUAGCAACACUGAGAAAGGCGGAUUGUUCCGAAUCAACUAUCAAGCAUACACACUCCAGUUCUGCCUGCCUCCCCCUAUUAUACCCAAUGCUGACAUCUUGAUGGCCAGCAAGGAAUUUAAAAUUGGUGACAUAGUGCGUUACAGGUGUCUACCAGGGUACCAGUUGAGUGGGAACAACAUUCUGACCUGUCGUCUGGGGACUCACCUGGAGUUUCAGGGACCUCCACCCUCCUGUGAAGUGACGUGUCCCAUGAACGAGGUCCUAACAGCCUCCACGGGUGUCAUCAUGAGCCAGUCCCCCGGUAGCGGCUUCCCCCACUUUGAGUCCUGUUCCUGGGUGGUCAAGGUAGAGCCGGGCUACAACAUCACAUUUACUAUACAACACUUCCAGACCAGCCGGCAGUUUGACGAGUUGGAGAUCUUUGACGGUCCGUCCAGACAGAGUCCUCUCCUGGUCACUCUGAGUGGAAACUACUCGUCUCCUCUCAGCAUCACCAGCUCUAACAACAAGGUCUACCUCCACUGGUCCUUCGACCACACCACCAGCCACAAAGGCUUCCGCAUACGAUACUCAGCGGCAUACUGCAGCCCACCUAGCAACCCCCUCAAUGGAACAGUCCACAGUCAGACAGGCACCAAGCUAGGCAGUACCCUGCGCUUCAGCUGUGACCAGGGCUUUCGUCUGAUUGGCCAAAGCAGUGCCACCUGCACCCGCACCCCCCAGGGGAUUUAUAUAUGGAACGCCCCCGUACCGCUCUGCCAAGUGAUGGCCUGUGGGAUGCCUAUACCCCCAGUAAACGGUAGUAUUGUCGGGCAGGACUUCACUCUUGGUGCCAGGGCCAUGUACCAGUGCAACCCCGGUUUCAGAUUGGCCAACCCCCUGGCCGUGUCAGUCGUCUGUCAGGAGUCUGGGAGGUGGAGCUCCAAUGAGGCCACGCCCCGCUGCAUACCGGUGACCUGCCCUGACAUCGGCCACGCCGCGGUGGAUCACGGGAGAUGGAGGUUGAUCUACGGGUCUCAGAGCCAGUACGACGCCAUGAUGAUGCUCAUCUGUGACCCCGGAUAUUACUACAAGGGUCAGAGGGUCAUCCGUUGCCAGGCCAACAGCACCUGGGACUACCCAGAGCCCCGGCUGGCCUGCGAGAUAAUCUCCUGUGGGGACCUGGGCACUCCUCCGAAUGGUAAUAAGAUCGGGACUCUGACGGUGUUCGGAGCGACAGCCAUCUUCUCCUGUAACACAGGCUAUACGCUGGUCGGUUCCCGGGUCAGAGAGUGCAUGUCCAAUGGCCUCUGGAGUGGAUCUCAGGUCCAGUGUUUCGCGGGUCACUGCGGUACCCCAGAACCAAUAGUGAAUGGUCAGAUCAUAGGAGAGAACUAUAACUACAGAGGUAGUGUGGUCUACCAGUGUAACCCGGGAUUCAGACUCAUCGGCGUGUCUGUACGCAUCUGUGAACAGGACCACCGCUGGUCUGGGCGCACCCCUGUCUGUGUCCCGAUCACAUGUGGUCAUCCAGGCAACCCUUCCUUUGGCUUUACUCAGGGAACGCAGUUCAACCUGAACGAUAUUGUGCACUUCGCGUGCAACACCGGCUACGUCCUGCAGGGGGCGGUUAAGUCUCACUGCCAGUCCAACGGACAGUGGAGCAACACCCUACCCAAGUGUAAAAUUGUGAACUGCACAGAGCCAGGUCAUGUGGAGGACAGCGUCAGACAGGUGACGUCUGAGGGCCCUGGUCGUUACAGCUUCCAGACCGCCGUGUCCUACCGCUGUAACCCUGGUUACUACCUACUGGGAACCAGCACUCUGUCCUGCCAGGGAGACGGCACCUGGGACAGAACACUGCCCAAGUGUCUGUUGGUGUUGUGCGACCGUCCCAGCAUGCCCCCUUACGCCCAGAUCUCCGGUGACCGUCGGACGGUGGGUUCGGUGAUUCGGUUCAGCUGCAUUGGACAGAGGACGGUGAUCGGUAACACAACACGCACGUGUCAGCUGGGUGGACAGUGGAGCGGCUCGUUACCACACUGCUCUGGAGAGUCGUCUGGUCUGUGUGGGGAUCCAGGUAUCCCAGGCCACGGUAUCAGACUCGGAGAAGACUUCUCAGUGGGCAGUGUGGUGGGGUUCAGCUGUGAACAGGGAUAUGUCCUACGAGGUUCCUCAGAGAGAACAUGCCAACCUAACAGCACCUGGGUGGGCACACAGCCAGAGUGCCAUGUGAUCUCCUGUGGGAACCCAGGAUCACCCCGUAACUCCCAGAUCCUGUCUCAUGAUGGCCUGGUGUUUUCCCGCUCCAUCACCUACACCUGUCGAGACGGUUACUACUCCAACGGACUGCUCACACGUCACUGCACGGUUAACGGGAGCUGGACCGGGAGCAUGCCUGAGUGCACGGUUAUUAUGUGUGGGGACCCAGGUGUGCCAGCUAAUGGUUUGAGGCUGGGCAGUGAAUUCACCUACAACAGCACUGUGAGUUUCCAGUGUGCCCCAGGCUUCACUAUGGACGCUGACCGCGCUUCAACCCUGGUCUGCACUAAGGACCGCACAUGGAACGGGACCAAGCCACAAUGUAAAGCUAUAGUGUGUACGGCCCCGCCUCCCAUUCCUAACGGCCAGGUGGUUGGAACAGACUUCACCUGGGGCAACAGCGUUAGUUACGCCUGUAACCAGGGUUACCAGCUCUCCCUGCCCACCAUGAUCACCUGCCAGGGAAACGGCACCUGGAUUGGAGAAAAACCACAGUGCUUCCCCGUGUUCUGUGGAGACCCAGGUGUCCCGGCCCAGGGGAGAAGGGAGGACCGUGGGUUCACCUACCUCUCCUCUGUCUCCUUCUCCUGCUCUCCUCCUUUGGUGUUGGUGGGUUCAGCCAGACGAUACUGUCAGUAUGACGGCAUCUGGAGCGGCACGCAGCCCUCCUGCAUAGAUCCCAGUCACACCACCUGUGGAGAUCCUGGAACGCCUCUGUUUGGAAACCAGAACAACACCCAAGGCUACCAGAUCAGCAGUACAGUAUUGUUCAGCUGUAGGAAGGGCUACCUGCUACAAGGCUCCACAACACGCUCCUGUCUCCCCAACCUCACCUGGAAUGGCUUCCAACCAGAGUGUAUAGCCCACCACUGUAGCCAGCCAGAGAUGCCCACCCAGGUGGAUGUGUCUGCCAUAGAGUUGCCGUCUCUAGGUUACACCCUGAUCUACACCUGUCAGCCAGGCUUUUACCUGGCCGAGGGGUCGGAACACAGAACCUGCCGGGGUGACGGGAGCUGGACCGGGAAGCAACCUGUCUGUGCUGCUGAUAUCCGUCCCAGUGGGAAUACAGUGGGGACCGUCCAGGAGCCGCCCAAUCCUAAACUACCAGUCCCGGUUGGUGUGUUUGCUAAGAACAGCCUGUGGAGGGGAUCUUAUGAGUACCUGGGGAAGAAGCAGCCGGCCAUGCUGAGCAUUACCUCCUAUGAAGCCUUCAACCAGCGAGUUAAUGGAACUCUCAUCGACCACAGUGGGGUGGAACUCAAACUGGCUGGUACCUAUAAGAGAGAGGAGUCUCAGCUCCUGCUGCAGGUGCAUCAGAUCAGAGGUCCUGUAGAGAUCUUUGUCAACAAGUUUAAGAUGGAUAACUGGGCCCUCGACGGACAUGUGUCCUACAUUGCCUCAUCUAGUUCCUUUGUGUACCAAGGAUUCGUCCGAGGAAAAGGAUUUGGUCAGUUUGGUCUUCAACGACUGGAGAGUUUAGACACGAGCAGAGAGAAUUCCCACUUCCCCCCCAACAGCAGUUCAGUGGCAGCGGCCAUUUUAGUGCCGUUCAUAGCCAUGAUCAUCGCGGGCUUCGCUCUAUACCUCUACAAACACAGGAGAAGACCUAAGGUACCGUUUAACAGCUAUUCAGGCCAUGAGAACACUAACGGUAGAGCUACGUUUGAGAACCCCAUGUACGAGCGCAACAUCCAGCCCACCGACAUCCUGGCCAACGAGACAGAGUUUACAGUCAGCACAGUGUGCACGGCCGUAUAGCCACUGUUUCCU